GUAGAAGAGAAAGAAUAGACAGGUAGUCCGGCAGUGGCAGUUGCGAUUUAAGAUGACCAGGCUUAGGCGGACCAAGCCCUGAAACCCAUAGCAAGAUGGGACAGGUCAAGGAGGGCUUUGAAAAGCUUGAACAAUAAGUUGAAAUUAGUUAGACGAAGAAGGGUGCGAAUGAUGUUUUGGGUGUAGAGACUGGUUAGUACAAAGGCCCUACAGAGCUACCUGGGGGUAGUUCAGUCUUGAAGAUGAAGAUACAUGAGAACACCAGGAGGAGGAUAUUUAGAAGAGCAACGUUCAUGGCAUAGGUGAACGGGAGGCAAGGGAAGUGCCGAAGGAAGGAGCUAGUAAACCACGGAUACCUGCCGGGAGAUUCUGCACAGCAUUGCGAAGAGAUGGCAUAGAUGUACACACAGCAAAAUGGAUGGGGCUUAUAGCGUCAGGUGGGGAAAGCGGCCGAAGAGCGAGAAGGCACAACAGUUCUCCGGUUUUACUGAGGGCUGAAUUGCAGCUGCCCAAGCAACAAGUGGACCUUUAAAGAUGCAUACAGGGCUGCAAGAGAUGAAGGGAGAAAGUGGAGAGACCAAUGAAGGGAGGAAAAAGCAUGUUUCCUGGGUUUAAUAGGAAAAACUUGCCUUCUGCAAACAACUGAAAAAACUGCCCUCAGAAACCGUUUCUUUGGCCCUCAUGGAGCAGCUGGAACUUCCACAGUGAGGCCCUGGACAGGACAAGCUCUCUCUCCUGCCACCCGCCCCGCCCCGGCCCCGAUCAGCCAGAGCGGUGGUCGCCAUGGCCAGCAAGAGGAAAUCCACCACCCCGUGUAUGAUCCCGGUAAAGGCGGUGGUGCUGCAGGAGGCCGGUGUGGAGGCCCAGCCGGCUGAGACCUUGCCUGAGGGGCCCCAGCAAGAGCCGCCCCCUGAAGUGCCCGCCGGGGGCAGUGGGGAGGUGACUCAGAUGCCCAGCAGUACCGACGGCACCACACUGGCCAAUGGGCACCGGAGCACUUUAGACGGCUAUUCCUAUUCCUGCAGAUACUGUGACUUCAGAUCCCAGGACAUAACCCAAUUUGUGGGGCACAUGAACUCAGAGCACACAGACUUUAACAAGGACCCAACUUUUGUAUGCACUGAAUGCAGUUUUCUGGCAAAAACUCCUGAGGGGCUUUCUCUGCACAAUGCCAAGUGUCACUCAGGGGAAGCCAGCUUUGUGUGGAAUGUGGCCAAGCCAGACAAUCAUGUAGUUGUGGAGCAGAGUGUCCCCGAGAGUACCUGCACUCCCGACGUCUCGAGUGAGCCCAACACCGAAGGGACCGACGGACAGGCCGAAAUCAUUAUUACCAAAACCCCAAUCAUGAAGAUAAUGAAAGGCAAAGCUGAAGCCAAAAAAAUUCAUACGCUCAAGGAGAACAUCCCCAGUCAGCCUGUCGGUGACGCGGCCUUACCAAACCCAUCGGCAGGGGAGACCGAGGUGAAGGAGGGGGACCACUCCUUUGUCGACGGGGCGGUCCCGGUCGGUCAGCCAGCCGCCGGCUCGGCGAAAGCGCCACACGUGGCCAACGGGCCCCCGAUGGGAGCGGUGCCAGUCCUGCCAGCCGGCCUCGCCCAGUUCCUCCCCCUGCAGCAGCCACCCCCCGGGCGCGCCCAGCACCACCACCAGCCGCCGCCCACCUCCAAGUCCCUCCCCAAGGUGAUGAUCCCCCUGAGCAGCAUCCCCACCUACAACGCGGCCAUGGACUCCAACAGCUUUCUGAAGAACUCGUUCCACAAGUUCCCCUACCCUACCAAAGCCGAGCUCUGCUAUCUGACUGUGGUCACCAAGUAUCCGGAGGAACAGCUCAAGAUCUGGUUCACGGCCCAAAGGCUGAAGCAGGGCAUCAGCUGGUCCCCUGAGGAGAUCGAGGACGCCCGGAAGAAGAUGUUCAAUACGGUCAUUCAGUCUGUGCCCCAGCCCACGAUCACCGUCCUCAACACGCCCCUGGUUGCCAACGCCGGCGGCGUCCAACACCUCAUCCAGGCCGCCCUCCCAGGCCACGUGGUGGGGCAGCCAGAGGGCACGGCAGGUGGCCUGCUGGUCACUCAGCCACUGAUGGCCAACGGGCUGCAGGCGCCUGGCUCGUCCCUGCCGCCGGCAGUCACGUCCGUCCCCAAGCCGCCCGCCGUGGCGCCCAUCAACACGGUGUGCUCCAACACGACGUCGGCUGUGAAGGUGGUGAACGCGGCUCAGUCGCUGCUCACGGCGUGCCCCAGCAUCACCUCCCAGGCCUUCCUCGACGCCAGCAUCUACAAAAACAAGAAGUCUCAUGAGCAGCUGUCGGCUCUGAAAGGAAGCUUCUGUCGGAACCAGUUCCCGGGCCAGAGCGAGGUGGAGCAUCUGACCAAAGUGACGGGCCUCAGCACCAGAGAGGUGCGCAAGUGGUUCAGCGACCGCAGGUACCACUGCCGGAACCUGAAGGGCUCCAGGCCUGUGCUGCCCGGCGACCAUGGCCCCGUCAUCCUCGACCCCGGGCCAGACACGCCCUUCGCCCCGGCAGCCAAGGCCCCAGAGGGGCCCUGCGUCCCACCGGCGGCCACCCUGGCCGCCCCUCCUUCAGCCAGACGGCAGGCCUGGCACCAGACCCCCGACUUCACGCCAACCAGGUACAAGGAGCGAGCCCCCGAGCAGCUCCGAGCCCUGGAGAGCAGUUUUGCACAAAACCCCCUUCCUCCCGAUGAGGAGCUGGACCGCCUGCGGACUGAAACCAAGAUGACUCGGAGGGAGAUCGACAGCUGGUUCUCGGAGAGACGCAAGAAAGUGAGCGCCGAGGACACCAAGAGGGCCGAUGAGGGUGCCGCUCCGGAGGAGGCGGCGGUGGCUGCGGAGGACGACGUGGGAGAAGAGGAGCUGGCUGGCGACCUGAGGGUCCCUGGCGGAGACGGCUCCCCAGAAGGGGCCGGUGGCCACGCGCUGGCUGAGCGUAAGGUCAGCCCCAUCAAGAUCAACCUCAAGAACCUGCGAGUCACCGAAGCCAACGGCAAGGGCGAGCUCCCGGGGCUGGGCGCCUGCGAGCCCGUGGACGGCGGGCCCGGCGAGCCGGCCGAGCAGCCCCCGGGCAAGGCAAGCUGCAAGAAGACGGCCCAGCAGCGGCACCUGCUGCGGCAGCUCUUUGUGCAGACGCGGUGGCCCAGCAACCAGGACUACGACUCCAUCAUGGCGCAGACCGGCCUGCCGCGGCCCGAGGUGGUGCGCUGGUUCGGGGACAGCAGGUACGCCCUGAAAAACGGCCAGCUCAAGUGGUACGAGGACUACAAGCGGGGCAACUUCCCCCCGGGGCUGCUGGCGGUCGCCCCUGGCAGCCGGGAGCUGCUGCAGGACUACUACCUGAGGCACCAGACGCUCUUCGAGCGGGACCUGCAGAGCCUGUGCGACAAGACCCAGAUGAGCUCCCAGCAGGUCAAGCAGUGGUUCGCUGAGAAGAUGGGCGAGGAGACCCGGGCCGUGGUGGACACCGGCGGCGAGGACCAGGGCACCGGUGAGCCCGCGGCGACUCACAGAGGGACUGGUGACGGGUACUCGGAGGUGUCGGAGAACAGUGAGUCGUGGGAGCCCGGAGCCCCCGAGGCCAGCUCGGAGCCCUCUGACGCGCCGAGUCCCCAGGCUGCACUGGAGCUGGAAACGGACUGAAUUUGAACUGAUGACACUGAAGGACUGGCCAGUCUGGGAUGCCGCCUGCCACAUGAAGGGGCUCCACCCGACUCUCCGCUGCCACAUGCUGUUCCCACGCCCGCCGCUGGGCACACACGAGAGCUUCUGGAGGCCUCGCUGCCAGCCCGGAGCCCACUGCCACCUUGGGCCCGCCACCACCAAGCGAGCCAGCCAGCGGGGAUCGCAGAGUCCUCGUCAGUUCUUCCUCCCACAAUGUAGGACCUUUCCUUUGCCUUCCAGUGGAUAAAAUAGUUCAGAUUUCAUAUUCAUAGACACAAAUCAAGUUUUUAACAUAUAAAUCUGCCUAUACACAUUUAAUAAAACGUCAGAUUGUAAACACUUUCAUUACAUAGAAACUUUGGUUAGCAAGCAGUACAUUGCCGUCUACGUCAUCUCUGAACAUGCCCCGUGUCUCUUCUCUAGAGAUCCCUGGGGCCACGCAUCCCCUCGGCAGCAGGCCGGGGCACCGCACACUCAGAGGCGUACCUGUGCGCUCCUCCACGAAGGCAGGGCUUUUGAAGAGGUCUCUGCUGUCACGCCGGGCUCGCGUCGCCCUGCGGGAUGAUAAUCUGUGCAGAAGCGCCGGUCCCUGCGGUUUGUACGUGAUGGCGCGUGCUCGUCCCGCCCGAAAGUCCUUACAGCCCUUCUCCUUUUUCAUGGGCGUCAGAAGCAUGGACCAGAACUUUUCGGUUCUCAGAUCACCUUAGAGAAACGUUUGUUGUCAAGCCUGAUGUACUGACCUAUGUGCCCACAUUUUUGUUUUUGUUUUUGUUUUUAAUCUAGAUGUGUUGAGAGUGAGAGGGAAAUUGAGAAAAAGGGGGCUUAAAGUGGAAGCGUGCAGCCCCGGCAGGUGGCUUUGGCCGCUGUGGUGUUCAGAGCCCUUGACCCUCACUCACUUCAAGGCUGCCUUUGGUUGGGAAGGAAGACCUGCACUCAGCCAGUAGUCCGAGUGAGAGCUGACAGGAUCUGGGACUCCGGAGUUCUCAGAGCUGGGGUGGGCUUGCACGCGGGGGUUCCUGGCGGGACGCCCAGAGUACUCGCGGCCCUCACGCCAAGGGCCUGGCUGGGUGCUGGACAUCACCGGACAGGUGCUUGUGAGGAUUUUUCAAGUUCUGCAUUUCUGUCCCCAAAACUUGGAAACAAAAUCUUGGUCUACUUUAGCCUAAUCCUCCCAUCCGUUUUUUUUGUUUUGAGAAAAUCACAGGAAAAGGUGCUUUUGCAACACUGGGGAACUUGCUUACAGAGCUGUACUACAUGGUAAAUCCUUCUCUCCCCAAGACGGGCUGCUCUGACAGCAGCGGGUGGAGGGUGGGGCAGGCAGAAGGCCCGUCACGUGUACUUCUCACCUUCUGGGGACCACCCGCUUCCCAAAGCACCGCGACCUCAUGAGCACGCUCCUCCCGGGCCCAGGCUGGGUGAGUGGCAGGGCCUUUGGGCAAGAAACCCUGGUGGUGGGCUAGGCGUCGUCCUUCUCCCCAACCCCACGCGGGAACUGAACUGCGUGGGGCACUGUGCUGGCUUGGCUCCAAGGACUGAAGGUGGUGGUGGCGCCUCCUGCCUUCCAGGAGAGGGGCUGUCUUUGCCAACCCCAAGCCCUUGAGCCCCUGUUCUUCUAAAGUGUCUUCUCUUCUCCCAGGCCCUGUAGGGACCACCUCUUAGUUGUUAACAAGUGAGUACUUGGCAAGUUUUGCACCCCAUGUUUGUGUCCUUUCCAUCUGAGUGUGAAGCUCUUUAGCCCCAAGGGCCUGUUUCCAGAAUUGCCAAGAGUGGUGAGUGAUUCUUCCUUCAAAGAACAGACACCUGGGAUUUUUCCUUUAGUGUUUAUGUACAUGCAGAUUAAUUUAUAUAUACACAUAGAUACAGGACAAAUACUCACUUUGAUACUUUACUCAGAAGAUGUACAUCUGAGGUGUGCACCUGAGGAAUCUAGUGGCGUGUGGGUGCCGGGGACAGUAGCCUGUGUUGAAGGCAGUGCUGGGAUCCCAGGUGCGGCUGGGGUGGCCCAGCCGGAAACCAUCAGUGUCUGAGACACCACCCUGCGGGCCCCGCUCCAAGUCCUGCACAUACUGGCCAGAGGGUUGUGUCUUUAGAGAGGCUUUUCUUGGUUAUUUAAUUUGUGUUCAUAUUUCAUUUACAACCCAAACAGCAAAACUAAAAACGAAUUACGUGGUAGACAAGUUGGUGCAGGACAUAGGGACCCCGCCUCGGCACCAGCCUGUCUUUGAAAGGUGGGAAAGCUCCGUCCGGUGCUGCCGCCUGGGCGUGUUUUCCUCACAGAUGUUCGCUCUCCCGGCGCCCAGGGCCACCCCGCACAUGGCAGGACCGCCCAGGUAAGGAGCCCCGCAGACUGGAUGGCUCCUCCCCCCACUGUGCUCUUGGACCGGAUUGGGUAGUGGGGUUGGAGCCUCAGACAAUGAAAGGUGAAGGCAAGAGAGACAGGUCAGCGAGCGGUGGCCCAGGAGAUGUUGCAGCAGGUGCACAGGGCUUUGGGCGCUUGAGGAAUACAGCUGCCCCGGCACGCGGAAGCACGCUGGCCCAGAACCGGAACUGCACCCCGUGCGUCGGGCCCCUGUCGUGAGACAGAUCACUGCGGUUUUGCACACCGCCGGAGGGUGUCUGCGAUGUCGCCUCCAUUAAGAAGGCAGUCUGUGGGCUGUAGAGCUGAGAGAGGUGGGACGGGGUUUCCUAAAGUGACUGGUCGUUCCCCUCUUCUCCCGACGCACUUGGACUUGUCACGGUAGUAAUCUUUGGUGUUUCUUGUUGCCUGUCUUGCACGUUUGGUUUAUUAAUAUUUUUACACGGAGUUGUAGAUCCAGUUUUAAUAGGUGAAACUAGAUCAUCAUUCUGAUCAGAGAAAUCUGAAUUUAUGAUACAUACACUUUGCAUAUUAAAAAAAUUUUUUUUAAUGUUUCUUUUUGAGAGAGAGAAACAGAGCGCAAAUUGGGACAGAGGCAGAGAGAGAGAGAGAGACACAGAAUCCGAAGCAGGCUCCAGGCUCUGAGCUGUCAGCACAGAGCCCAACACGGGGCUCAAACCUACGAACUGCCAGAUUAUGACCUGAGCCAAAGUUGGAUGCUUAACCAACUGAGCCACCCAGGCGCCCCUACUUUGCAUAUUUUGAUUACUUAUUUGAAUUCUUGACUAUUAAAGAGCUUUUUGAUUUGAGAGGAGCGUUCCCAUUUUUGGGAGUCGAGGGUUCCAGAGUGUUGGAUGGCCUGUUGGUGUUUGGGGUUUGGUAGCAUCAUGUGACUUAGAGCUCCUGGCUUGGCCAAGCUGCGUGGGUGACCAAAGCACCAGGACCUGAAGGCCUGCUUUCCAGAAGGACAGGUGCGGGAGCUGGGCAGGGUGCUGUACUGACGGUGCCGUCCGAGCUGGCCGUGGGAGGCUGACCCACCGGGAAGUUUCUGCAGGUUUUCUAGGCUGAGUUGUGGCUCUUAUCCUGCACAGGUCCUGUGUUACCUCCCUCUUCCCUCUGGCUCUGGGACAUCUGUGCCGGGCCGCCUUCCAUGGAGGGUGGGCGUUGGCCUUUCUGGCUGGGUGCUCGCCUUGUCCGCACACCCUCCUCGGCAGCCUGCCUGUGCUGCCCGCUCUCAGCCCUGUUGCCUUGUGUCUGCCUGUUCUCUUCUUGUACCGAGAUCCUUGGGUUUGAGCAGCUUUGUCAGUUUAAAUGCCACAGUCCACGUGGAUAAAGGCACUUUGUAGAAGAGAACCAGCCAAACCAAACCUGAAAUUUGGGUUUUUUCUAAUUUUCCCCCCUUUUCCUUGCUCAGAGUUUACUCAGGGCAGGUUAUUGAUUUGACCCACCUUUUGUAUUAAGUUUACAUUUUCCUUUAUCUUAUCAAUGUGGAAGGCUCAGUUGUAAGCCAGAGAAGAAAAAUCCUGUAGAUGUGCUAGGGUCCACACAGCUACUUCCAGGCCAGAGCCAGCAGCUUCCUGGGGCAGGAGGCAAACAGGGCUGGGCUCUCCUCACUACUGCCCGGGGCCGUCUCCAGGUCUCCUGACUCCACUGCUUUGCUGAGGAGCACAGGCUCGCCUAGCCUUCUUCCUGCCCAGACCUUGGGGCGCAUCUCCGUGUGGCUUGGGGACCGUCUGGCACCUGAGAAAGCAGGGAGUGGGGAGCCGAGCUUUCUUUUGAAUGGACCCCUCCCCAAGCCCGGCUUCGAUCUGAGGUAACCAUCGUGCUGUUUCUCUGGCCACUUAGAACAGCCAGGCUGUGCGACACCAGGGCUGAGAUAACUAGGCAACGUCUCAACAAAGUGACGGGUUUUGAUUUGGGCCAAGUGCCUGGGUAGAGGUGACGAUCAUGAGUGCCACCCACGCAAGCUCUAAGUCCCACACGGAAUGGCGAGGCCUGUGUUGUGUACCUUGGCACCGGUCAUCCCAGGAAGGCAGUCCACCGAGCCACCCAGCAUCUGUAUGUGGGGGGUGUAAAGUAAAGGGCUCAGGGCAUUUGGCCCGGGGGGGUGAUCCAGGGUCUGCUUUUCUGUUCUUCAGUCCUGAGCGCACUUGUGAAGACUGGCCAUUAACCUGGCUUGUCUUCACCAGACUGGAGAUCGGACAGCCCGGAUCCAGCAGGAAGCAACGAUUCUACCUGCCAAAGUCCGGAGCAGGGGCAGAAACCUGAUGCCCGGCACGGCCUAGGCAGGCGCUGGUCACCCCAUGGACAAGGGUGGGAGCAAGCACCUGCUGCCUUGACUUUUAAAAACGCUCUCCUUGGUUUGCAGGACCGCCAGGAUCCGCAAAGAGCAUAUGGCUACUGCUCUGCUGUCACCAGCCCCAAGGCUUUAGCAGCCCUCAGCGCCUGGCCCUUGUGGCUGCUCAGGCUGGAGCCAGAAGGAGGGGUCUGCACAGUGAGCAGGGCCCUUCUGGCGGGGGCAGGGGUAGCUGCCUUCUCUCCUGCUGUCUGCUGGGGGCAGGUGGCAAGCCAGGGUACCGGAGAGGGGUCUGAGCGUCCACCUGCCGUUAGUGCCUCUUCUUCUGGAGCCUGGCCCUCCUCUGUGUGCACGUGCGUACCCCUGAGCACUUGAAUGUUGAUGAAUAGCUUUUCCUGGCUAAUGCUUUUAUAACUGUUGUUCCUUUCCACUAUAAGUGGGUGACUUAGGAGUAUUUGGAAGAAGCAUUCGGCUGGAGCCGAAGGUAAAUUGUCCAGGGUAAAGACUGUUUGGAGUCCCUGAAUAUAGAAAGCUACAAGUGCGUGGUCUUUCCCAGGAGUCAAACCCCAGAGUAGAUACACUGGUGGAGGGUAACAGUCUACUCACGUGGUAGCUGUUCUGUCACUUGUGUUUAAAGAGAGAGAUUGUCACUCAUCCUUGGUUCCUGCCCCCAUACAGUGACCUCAUUCUUGCAGUUUGCUUGAAAUGCUGGUGGGGCAGGAGUCCCAGGCUAUGUGGAGCUGGCUGGAGGGGGAGCUGGGCCGCCCUCAGUACGGACCCAGCGUGGUCCUCGGGCCAGGGGAGAAGGGGUGGCCCGUGCAGAGGCGUUCCCGCGCUGCCGCGCCAUUUAGCUGUGUCGGGAAAACCCGACUGUGCCAUAAUCGUUAUUACGAAGAAAACGCCAACCAACCUUCCCCUCUCCCCUGCCGGCCAUCGUCCAUUGAAAGUUAACUGAGCACAGUCUUUGUGGAAGUCAGGGAGGUUGCCAGAGCUGCGGGGUCCUGCCUGAGAGUGCUGAUUCCUGGUUUUCUACCAUCCAUUUACCUUCUGGUCUUCGGAGUGACCGGAGGCCCUGGGAAUGGCUGGGGUGCAGUCAGCUUUAGUGCGCCUCCCAGAGAGAUGGCUGAAAGACGUGGUCACCUUGGUGCUAAGAGACAACUGCCCUGUUUGCCCAGAGGCAAUAUGCAACUUCACCAAACUAUACAAGAGGGUCCCCUGACUGCGGUGGCCAGGAGUGAGACCAAACCAAGGGGGCACACUCUGUCGGUCAGGCCUGGGUAGAAUGGGAGUUCUUUAUCCAGAGUACGUGUUUUUAACAGAAAGCCGUAACUCGCCUUCAGACAGUGGCUAUGCUGAGGUGGGGGUGGGCUGUCCUCUCUGGGCUGCCUCCAGGCCUCACGAGGUCCCCUGUGGGGAUGCUGCUAUUUCUAAGAUGCAAAUUGCACAUUUCCUAGAUUUUGUAUCUGUGGAUUUGGAGAAGGGAGGGAGCAGGGACAAACUGCAUAUACAAUUUGAUAUGGGCCGAAAUGGUACUUCAGAUCUUUUGAUUGUUCCUAAAUAAAAACGUAAAUAUGUUUCACA